CCUCUCUCCCAAUUCCCCUCCCCCCUUCUCCUCCGCCUGCUCGACGAGCACAGUUUGACCCCGUAUGUGAUUGAUGGAUGAUGACCGUUCCGAUGGAUAAAGCUACUGCUUCCCCAUCGCCAAGGGAGCUUGCGCAGCGGCUCUUAAAGAAGAACGCUGAACAUGAAAGUCGCCUGCGAAGGUCAACGCAGUCCAAAGUCCCGUCAGAUCCUAACAUAUGGCUUCAGAUGCGCGAGAACUAUGAGAAGAUAGUCCUUACUGAUCAUGACUUCUCUGAAAAACAUGAAAUAGAAUAUCUUCUGUGGCAGUUGCACUACAAAAGAAUUGAGGAAUUCCGAGGUCAUAUUGUUGCUGCUGGAAAGAACAAUGCCAACCUUGAUCGGGCCAAGAGGAUCAGAUCUUCUUUUAGAGGUUUCCUUUCAGAAGCAACUGGUUUCUACCAUGACUUGAUGCUGAAAAUUCGAUCUACCUAUGGGCUUCCAUUGGGCUACUUCUCUGAGGGUCCUGAUUGCUCACCUGUUCCCGACAAAGAUGAGAAGAAAAUGGUUGGGGUGAAGAAAGGCCUGUUGUCAUGCUAUCGCUGUUUGAUAUAUUUAGGUGAUCUUACCCGCUAUAAAGGUCUGUAUGGGGAUGCUGAUUAUGCAAAUCGUGAAUAUGCCGCUGCUUCUAUCUACUACAAGGAGGCAGCUUCACUAUGCCCUUCUAAUGGCAACCCACACCAUCAGCUUGCCAUACUAGCAUCAUACGCUGGUGAUGAGGUAACAGCUAUCUAUAGGUACUUCCGUAGCUUAGCGGUGGACAGUCCUUUUUCUGCAGCGAGGGAAAACUUGAUUCUUGCAUUUGACAAGUUUCAUAUGCAGAAUCAUGAGAUCUACACUCAGCUAUCAGGUAACAAUAAAACUCCCGCUGGUAGGAGCUUACCAUCCAGAUCGGUUGGUAGGGCUAGAGGAAGGGGCGAGACAAGAUUUCAGCCCAAAGGUCAUAGUACAGAACAAACUUCAAAGGAGCGAGAGUACAGUAUUCCAGAAAUACUAAAAGCUUUCUAUGUUCGAUUUGUUCGCCUCAAUGGCAUUCUUUUCACAAGGACAAGUUUGGAAACAUUUGGUGAGUUAUCUGCUACAGUUAUAAGCGAUUUGCAAAUUCUUCUAUCAUCUGGUCCUCACGAGGAGCUUAAUUUUGGUGUUGAGGCUGCUGAAAACGCGCUGUCUGUUGUUAAGCUUGUUGCUAUCCUUAUAUUCACAGUGCACAAUGCAAACAAGGACACAGAUAAUCAGUCAUAUGCUGAAAUUGUGCAACGCAGAGUUCUUCUUCAAAAUGCAUUUACUACUGCAUUUGAAUUUGUUGGAUACCUUCUCAGAAGGUGUGUAGAGCUUCAUGAUAUUGCAUCCAGUAUCUACCUACCAGCUAUUUUGGUCUUCAUUGAAUGGCUGGCAUGCCAUCCAGAUUUUGUUGCUUGUUCUGAGAUGGAUGAAAAGCAAGCUGAUGCAAGAUCUUUUUUCUGGAAUCAAUGUGUGUCAUUUAUGAACAAGCUCAUUUUGACCGGUCUUGCACGUGUUGAUGGUGAUGAUGAUGAAACUUGCUUUUUUGACAUGGGCACGUAUGAGGAGGGUGAAACUGGGAACAGGCUUGCGUUGUGGGAAGAUGUUGAGUUAAGAGGGUUUUCACCAUUGGUACCUGCACAAGUUAUAUUGGACUUCUCCAACAAGCACGUGUUUGGAAGUGAAGGAAGUGCCAAGGAGAAGAAAUCACGUGUAGAAAGGAUUCUUGCAGCAGGGAAGGCAUUGUUAAAUUUUGUUCAAAUUGAUCAGCUUCGAAUAUAUUUUGAUGCAUCCUCAAAAAAGUUCCUUAUAGCUGCUGAACCUCCCUGUUCUGAAUCUUCUAUUCCUCCUGUUGGAUCUUCCAAUGUGCACAUGACAAAUCGCACAGAACAGGAACCUGAAGUCUCCAGUAAAAUUGGUUCUGUUGGGGAAAAUCUGGAUGUGCUUGAGUCAAAGGCACAAUUCUAUCCUGAUGGAGAUGAUGAUGAAGAAAUUGUUUUCAAGCCUCCAGUGUCUGAAAAGCUUCUGAGAGUUCCUUUGGAACAGACUAGUAAUGAAUUCAAACAGCCAGGGCUGAUGCCUGAUGGCAAUUGGUCAAAUAAUGGUGCACCACCACCAAUGACAUUUCAUAGCAAUGGACCUGUUCCAACCCCCAAUAUUUAUGUUCAGUCAUUCCCAAUCUCUUCUAUUGGUUGGGCAGCCAAUGCUGGGCAACAAGCAAUUCCUGGCGUUGGUCCAAGGUCAACAUCUGAAUUUCUCGAGUCUCUGAAAGCAUCUGAUCGUACCUGGGUCAGCACGGGUGCACCACUAGCUGGCACUCAGGAUACAGUCUCCAUGCCAAGCUUUUCCAAUAUAAUUUCAGAUCAGCGUACAUCUGCAUCAUCACUCGGUUGUUUCAGCAAUCUGGAUAAUACUCCCAUGCUCCCUGGGCAAGAUCCAUUCGUACUAAGUGCAUUAAAGAAUGUUAACAUAGGUGCAAGUGGAUUUCUGGAUCAAAGGGUGAAUGGUGGAUUCAGUGGGUUACAAUCUCUGGGAAGUGUGCCUCAGGUAUCUGUUGAAGCUACUUUGAAUAGUACAAAUUCAAUUAUCGGCCAGUUUCCUACUGAAGUUACUAUUCCUUCAGCCUUCCGUUCAGUUAUGCCAUCAGUAGCAUCAUCUGAUGGCAUAUCAAUGAAAUCAAUGGAAACACAGACAGGUGUAUCAAAGAAGAAUCCUGUCAGCCGUCCUGGAAGACAUGUUGGCCCCCCACCAGGAUUUAACAAUGCCCCUUCAAAGCGACAGGAUGAUUCCAAUUUAGUUGGCACUGGCCAGCAUGUACAGGCCAAUGAUGGCACUUGGUUGGAUGGCUAUAGGCCAUCAUCAGAACAUGUUAAUAAUCAGCGCUUUGGACAUUCAAAUGUUACCACUGCCAGCAGCGCGUUCACCACUCCCUUCCCUUUUCCUGGGAAACAAGCUUUUAACAUGCAUCCUAGAGGUAACGGUGAAAAGCAGUGGCAGGAUUUCCACCUUUUUGGGCCCACAAAGCAACUCCCAGAACUUAACUUUCAGCAAGGGAAUCAGCAAAAUGGUCCAUUGGCAGAACCAUUUCCAGCACAAUCUGUAUGGUCUGGCAAUUACCUUGUGUGACUCUAGCUUGUACCAUGAAGAUUACCGGAUUUGCUGAGAGUCAGUUGGGAGUAAGUGGCGAAGAUACACUUGAAUUCGGCCUUGAUAAGUGCAGCGCUGUCAUGUCAUGUUUCUUUUGGAAGUUGGUUGUCUUGGAAGCAUAACAAGUGCAAUCCCCUGGAACUGGGUAUGGCAGGUCUUCCAGGCUAUGAAGAGGGGAUUUUAGAUGAUCCGUUCCAUUUUCUGAUGAGAAUAUGUAUGGGGAAGUCCUUUAACUGCUCAGACCCAGGGUUUGACCUAAUGAGUUAUCUGGAUACGGCAAUUACUGAGGCGCAUCAGGUUUGUCCGUGGAUUGGUUUCCGCGGUGGAAAACUGAAGCCUUCACGAAUGAAUGGAUGUGUGUUUUUGGUGGUACACCUGUCGAUCAGAGCUACGAAUAAAGUUGGGCGAUGACUACCGAUCAUGCGUGUGGAUGUUCUUUUCAACUCUACUGUUCAUGUGGUACACUGUUACUGGGCGUCCUUAAGUACACUUUGUUAAAGUAUAUCGGUAUGCAUGUUGCUAUCAUGUGAUGUGCAAUGGUAGCAACCUCGUUGGUAAUUUGCGUGAGACCGAUGUAUUAUCAGCUGUAUGAGCUGAUCUUUUAAGACGUAUUUGACCUGUAAUAUGUUCAACCGAAUGUCGUGCUUGUUUUAAUUUCGUUCGGAGUGUUUGAUUUCUUUUUGGGAGAA